UAAGGCCCUGGUUUGUUUUUAUAUUGAUGCUUUUGUUUCUUGUGACAUAAGAGCUCCUUUUGUGCUUUGCUCCAUUUGCUGCUGCUGCUGGGAGCGUGGUAUGUUGCAUGACCGCCCAACCCUACCGGCACAUAUAACUGGGUCGCGGUACUUUUGCUCAUCAGGUGACCACGUAUCUCUCUUUUUCUGAGUGUGUUUUUGGUCCCAGUUUGGUGCUGUGCAGAUGGGGAGCUUGAAGAGUCGGUUGUGGGCACCGAAUGGGAGCUCGGUGAUCAAGAAGAAAGGCUCCGGGGUCUAAAGAGAGAAGAUGUCUUCGCUUGGAUAUGCCGAGAAGUUGUCGUAUAGGGCUGAUGUUGGUACAGUGGGAAUGCCAGAGCUCUAUGACCCAGCCGAAGAUCUUCAAUCCAAGAUCGAUAAGCUGGCCCAACUUAUAUCGGAGAGUCGUCAUUUGGUAGCGUUCACUGGAGCCGGCAUUUCGACCUCCUGUGGAAUCCCCGAUUUCCGGGGCCCUAAAGGCAUCUGGACUUUGCAGCAUGAAGGAAAGCCCAUGCCGAAAAUUGAGAUGCCCUUCGAUCAGGCUCGACCAGGCGUUACUCAUAUGGCUCUUUUUGAGCUUCAGCAAGCUGGAAUACUCAAGUUCAUUAUUAGCCAGAAUAUAGAUGGGUUACAUUUACGAUCUGGAAUUCCGAGGUCGCAAUUGGCUGAGCUUCACGGCAACUGCUUUCGCGAAAUAUGUUCUUCCUGCGACAAAGAGUAUUUUCGAGACUUCGAGGUGGAAACUCUAGGAUGUAAACCAACUGGGCGCCGCUGUACGGAACACGAUUGUGGAGGGAAACUCGUUGAUACAAUUGUAGACUGGGAGGAUGCGCUGCCUCCUGCUGAAUUGAGGGCGGCAGAAAAGCAUACAAAGAAGGCUGACUUGGUGUUGUGUCUUGGCACAAGCUUGCAGAUCACCCCUGCGUGUAAUCUUCCUUUGAAAACUGUGCGAGCAGGUGGUAAAAUGGUUAUUGUCAAUCUGCAGGCAACUCCAAAAGACAAGAGUGCAGCUUUGCUGGUCCGAGGACGGGUUGAUGAGGUAAUAUCAGGAAUAAUGAGCCGCCUGCAUCGGACCAUUCCACCAUACGUUCAUAUUGACCGCAUUCUACUUAGCUACUACUAUUACUGGACAAAGAAGAAGAGUGUGAAAUGGUACUUUCGGAUUUCAAGCAUUCAUGGGCAAAAAAUGGCUUUACCUUUUAUCAAAUCAAUUGAGGUAAUGUUUCCAAACAGGCCAGAGUUCAAGCCAGCCGCGUUCGCCAAACCUCCAUGCCUCGUUCGCAGGGAGACCAUGCGGCUGAAAGAACUGGAUGUUGCAUUGAAAUUGCACUUUGCGGAGGGCUGUAUGUGUUCCAGUGGCGACAUUUUUCAAACGUUGUCGUUUGAGGCACCUCCAGAGAAAACCAAAAUAGUGGACGUUGAUCCUAAGGAAGCUUUGAAUAGCCUGAGGUUACGUGCUGUGGAGGAAGGAGUUUGUGGGAUACCAACAUUGAUUAGUGCAAAAGCCUUUCCUGACACCAGCCAAGGCGCCACUAUGGAGUACGGUAUUGUGACGAGAAUAGUUCAGCUUCCCUCUGUCGAGACCACCAAGGAAGAAGAGACUAUCAAGGAAGACCAGACCAUCAAAGAAGAGCAACCCGAGGAGGAAAAGCAGACGGUGGAUGUGGCAAUCUCCGCCAACGGUACAACUACCAAGCGAAAUACACCCAAUAAAGGCGUCCAAAAGAAAGGGGCCAAGCGACGGCGCAGUACUUAACAUCCAAGUCACCUUUGUCAUGCCACGACUAGAACAAUGACAAGCAGAACUUGUCGAGCACAGCAAUCAAAACGCGCUCUUGUGACUGCCAUUGUGGGAUCAGUAAACGUUCUUCAUCGACACAAGACCUCUUCGCUCUGCAAAUGAAACUUACGUCCAUUUCCUUUCUGUGAGCUCACUGUUUGUAUCUCAGCAAGAGGCUGUACAGUCCCUCUAAAAUUAGUAGCACCAUGUUUUUGUGUGAGGAGCUUGCAUAAAAAGUCUUAUCAUGGGCUUCGUUGCACACAGUAGGACUGAUACAGAGAGUGAGACCUAGACUGUUGGAAGCUAGCCUCAUGCAGGUAGUAAACGCGAGAGUUGAAUGAUUAUGUAGACCUUUGAGGUUGCGAUAGAUGAAUGCGAAGUUUAAUCUACACAUGCCGAAUGGCAACUAUUUUUGACAGGUUUAGGCUAAACCGUAAUCCCUGUUUAUUACAGGUUCCAUGCGCGUGCCACAGAGGUCUCAAUGGGACGCUGCUGGACUACCUCAAUUGUACAUUACAAGUUUUGGAUGAAAUGAGCGGAUGCUCUGUGCUUCUCUGAAAGCAACCAGCUUUGUGUUGGAUCUUA